AUGAUUGACAGUACACAAAAUAGUUUGGGUGCAAAUAGUCAAACCACAGCUCUAAAGUUUACUUCCUCGUUAGGAAACUGGAAAUGUGUUGGAAGAAAUCAAAUUGCGGUGCAAAUUGUUAAUAUUAAUCUUCCGGAGCCUGGUAGUAAUGAUGAAGGUUCAUACACUAUUGCUGAUUACGCGUUGAGUAUACCGAACAAUUGUGAAACAGUGACAGGAACACGCGGAUUCUCAAACUAUGCGCUCGAUACUGAUCCAAAUGAUCCUCAUAAAACACCACUUCCUGGACAAUCAUUCCCAAAAUACCCAGCCAGUGGUCUAAAAGUCCAUUUAUUACAAAAUAAAUAG